AUGGGGUUUAGUGGUAAUCACCAUCAUAAUUUGAGUUUCCAUUUGCAUAUUCCUCAUCUUCACUUUCAUCAAAACCAUGAAAAGAAUAAGGACAUUCCAAAAGGGUGUAUGGCAGUGAUGGUGGGACAAGGGGAAGAGCAACAAAGGUUUGUGAUUCCAGUGAUUUACAUCAACCAUCCAUUGUUUAUGCAGUUGCUCAAAGAAGCUGAAGAAGAAUAUGGAUUUGCUCAGAAAGGACCCAUCACCAUUCCUUGCCACAUAGAACAGUUUCGUACCGUCCAAGGAAUGAUUGAUAUGGAAAAAUCUCAUCACCAUCAUCACCAUGCUGCUUGGUGUUUCAAAGUUUGA